AUGAGCGACACGCUCAGGAGCGAGGCGGGCGCGGACAGCGCGCACCUACCGCCCUUCUCGAGCUUCGGAGACAUGGCGGAGAACGAGCAGAGGCUCCUCGCGGCCGACGCGCGGCUGCUGGACCCCGCCUGGGAGUACUACGAGAGGACCGGGGACACGGUCUCCGUCAUCGCCAGCCAGCCGCAGUACCGGCCCUGGGAGUCCAUGCCCAUCACGGUCAACUCCAAGGACGCUAUACUACGGGCGGGCUUCUCAUCACCCCUCGAAUACCAGUCGAUCACCUUACAACCGAUACCGAACAAGCUACCGUCCUUCCAAAGCCAGUUCCAGACGUUCCCGGAGACCACAGUCAUACCGGAGACCGGUCUGCCGAGUGUGACGCCAGUCCCUGUCACAACGAGCCCCACACCCAGCGCGAGUCCUAGUCAGUUAACCCAGCUCACGCAACUAACGACGCCUUCGUCGCCAGCACAUUUGACCACCUUGGCCCAGGUGGCGCCCUUGUCCAGUACUUUGACUACCCUCUCACCGGUCAAUGCCACCACAUUCCACACUCUGACCGCUGUGAAUGCUCGGAGUUACCCCAUCGUUCCGGCGCCCUUACAAGCCAGAGAGCUAGCACCGACGGGCCAAGCGUACAUCGACGACCGACACAUACAGCUGUACCAGCCGAACAUCGCAACGAUUAACGCAUUCCCGACCCAGAAUGGUAUACUGCAUCAGAAUGGGGCGCUUCUACAUCAGAACGGUAGCUUAAUACAGAACAUCCAAAGUCCAACAGUCGUUCAUGUAUUGAAAAACGAGCCGUUCGAUAUGAAAUCAUUACAAGACAAGUACACGCCGAACGGGCUGCAUCACAGUAAUUUCCAAAAUCCGAUGUUAAUCGACAAUAGUUACGAGAAGAAAGUGAACGGUUUCGGGAGUGGCUCAUCACCGACCAGGUCGGACUUCAGGAAAAAGGAGAGACGGAAAAUGAGAGCGAAUAGUUCGGAGUCAGACUGUUCUAAUAUGGAGAUGGGGUCAGAGAGUAGUGGGCAGGUGGCGGCGGUGUCUUCAACAGCAGGGUUUAAGUCCCCGAUGCACGGCGCGCCGCCCAUGAACACCGGACCCAUGGAACUAGACGACAUAUCCAGCGAAAAACAGACUAAAAAGAAAAGAAAAAGAUGUGGCGAGUGUAUAGGCUGCCAGCGGAAAGACAACUGUGGUGACUGCGCUCCGUGCAGGAACGACAAGUCACAUCAGAUAUGCAAGCAGAGAAGAUGCGAGAAACUGACGGAGAAGAAGCUUAUUUUGGCGCCGGACGGGACGCUGCAGACGGUCAAGAGCGAGUCUCGGCGCGGGCGCGGCAGAGGGCGCUCUACCACUACACCCGUCUUACAAGACAUCAAGAGUUAUCGUGGUCGCAAGCCUCUAGGAGCGGUGGUUCCUGCGGGUUUGAGUCCCGGUGUGCCUUCAUCCGCGUCCCCCGGGCCCGCCCCGGCAGCCCCCAGCCCUGCACCAGCCACCACGCCCGCUAUGAAGCAAGACCAUCCUAGCCAACCCAUGGCUCCAAUGCCAUUUUACGCGGGUGACCCGAACAGAUUUCCUACGACGUGGCAAACAGAUCCGUCGCAAGGUUGGCAAAACCAAUUUAUUCAGCAGCUGCCAACGCAGACGGGUCAAACAACUCUAGACUACCAGGGCAAUCACACUCCUUACGCCACCUCCCCCCACUAUCAGACCAACACAACGUACACCGUCCAAAAUGUUGCAACUACAUUCGAUGUCACAAACAACACGUAUUAUCAAACUGGCGUUCAAGCUGUUCCAGCACAACGUCCUCCGUCAAAUCGCGGUGCUUAUACUCCGGUGCCAUCUCCCCGGGCUCCACACUACACGACAGAGUAUCAACAACAAUACGCACAGCAGGCCCCGACUACAUGCGUCACUACAGGGAACGACUCCAGACCCGCUUCAGCCGCAUCCUAUCAGAGUUCUGUUCCAACAUCAUCUGCGUCGGUAUACACUGUGAGUCAACAGAGUUACGACCGCAACGAAUACACCUCGGAGCAUAACGACGAUUACAACAACGGGGAAAACAGCACGGGGGAAGCGAGUAAUGAUGGUGAGAGGCAAGAACAAAAUGCGUCGAACAAUCAGCAUUCGGGAAACGCCGAGCCUGGAUACCUGCAGGGGAGCAACGGUCCGCGAGCUUCACUCGAUUGUAAUGGGUAUCCGGGCAGCUAUGGGAGCGGGCAGUACACGGAUAAUGGACAGACGCAGAACCAAAACGACUGGCAACAACGCCAGUGGCAACAUAACCAAAGAAUCCAGAAUCAACAGUUACAGAAUCAACAGCAGUUACAAAAUCAACAACAACUACAAAAUCAACAACAAUUACAAAAUCAGCAACAAAUGCAAAAUCAGCAACAAAUGCAAAAUCAGCAGCAGUUGCAGAAUCAACAGCAGCAACAGCAGUUACAAAACCAACAGCAACUUCAAAAUCAGCAACAAAUACAAAACCAACAGCAAAUUCAAAACCAGCAACAAAUGCAAAAUCAACAGCAAAUGCAAAAUCAACAGCAAAUGCAAAACCAACAACAAAUUAAUCAUAUGCAAAACCAACAACAACAAAUGCAAAAUCAACAACAACAGUUGCAAAAUCAAAUACAAAAUCAUCAAAAUCAACAAAUGCAACAGCAUAGACAAGAUGAAUCAGAGCAACAAAUGUUCUCACAAUCGGACAGGGUCAAUUUAAAUUCGCGACUUAAAACAAUGAUUUUAAAUAAACAAAGUCAUAUAAGAGACGGAACAAACACUCCGCCAGAUAAAGGCGAUCCUGGAGAGGGACCUCCUCGUGUAUUAGAUGAUAGAAAAACCGGUGUCAACGACGAUAGAAAUACCACCGGUCAUUUUUUAUCGUAUAGCCACCAUCUCCGAGGUAAUUACCACAUAGGUGAACAGGGUUACCCUGUCACUGGUAAUUAUUCACAAAAUACUCAGGCCUACGGCUUGAGUGAUAUCGGAGGUGGUGGCCACCAUGUAUGGGAGGGGGGAACGCAAGUUCCGAAAGGUUAUAAACAAACUAUAUUGAAGAACGUAUCUAAAACUCCGCAAAAUUUACCAUCACACGCUAACGUUAUAGGACAAUACAGUACAUAUACGAACACGCCUUAUGAAGCACAAAAAUAUGCAGACGCGUACGGUAGUGAGAAUUUAAAUUAUAGUCAGCAAGAUAACAAAGAUUUCCAUUCGAAGAUGCUUAUUGGACCAGUAUCAGAUAUCAACCAACAAACCUGCUCUACGACUCAAAAAAUCAAUACACAAAAAGGAACUUACGAAAGAGAGACCAGUGAUAUUAAGUAUAGGCAAGCAGCGGCGCCUUUAGUUCCUAAGUUAGAAAUACCUGACAAUUACCAAUAUGGAAAGGAAACUAUUAAGAGUGAACCACAACGAUUGAUGAAUCAAAACACAUUUAGUAAGCAAAUGGAAGGGCUAAAACAUCUGCCGUAUCCUAAUGGGGCGCAGAACAUGGCGUUACCACCAAUAUCUACAAUAAAACAUGAAAAUGUAAAUCAUAAACCUCAAGUCUAUCAAAACUUCCAAAAUAUAUCUUACGAAAGAAAAAUUAAUACAAGCGAAGACUUCGCUCAGAUUCCAAGGAUGCAAGAAAAUAUGGCUUUCCAAAAGUUCAGUAAAAAUUUUGAAUCAAAAUUUAAUCGGGGUGUAGACUGUCGAAGCAACUCUGGAAAAAAUGUAGACGUUGAUUUAAAACCUCCAUAUUAUAUAGAACAAAUAAAGUCCGAACAUUCACCACCUGGACAUAAAAUAUAUAAGAAUUUGCUCUAUGGACCUCCACGGAGUGAGCCUUAUAUGUUCGCAGGAGAGGGAGGGCCUAGUGCCUUUAGAAAUGAAAUAGGAUAUGCGUGUUGUAGACAAGGCUCUGUGAAGAAACCUCCGCCAGAACAUCUAAGGGACGGAGCUUGUGCGGGUCUACAAACUAAAGACGAAAUACUAGAAGAAGAUCCAGACAGUACAGAUAAUGCGAAAACUCCAUCGAAACCUGGGACUCCUGUAUCUGAGCUCUUCCCAAAAACAACGAAAGAAAACCAAUUUAAUUACUCAAAGGAAUAUUUAGACAACUUAGAAAGAUUAAAAAACAAUUCCAGAACAGAAGUACCAGACUGUAAUUGUUUUCCAGCUGACAAAAAUCCUCCCGAGCCUGGAAGCUACUAUACUCACCUCGGAGCUGCUUCGUCUCUGUGUGAGCUAAGGAAAGAUCUGGAAGCAAGAACAGGGUUAUCUGGUAAAGAGUUGCGCAUCGAAAAAGUUUGUUACACAGGAAAAGAAGGCAAAACGGCCCAGGGUUGCCCGAUGGCUAAGUGGAUAAUACGGCGCUCCAGCUAUACUGAAAAAGUACUAGCCGUAGUUAAGUUCCGAAAUGGUCACAAAUGCUCCACAUCCUGGAUAGUAGUUUGCUUAGUGGCUUGGGAAGGAAUACCGCAGUCUGAAGCUGAUUUAGAUUACACGCUUUUGUCUCACAAACUGAAUAGAUAUGGCUUACCGACCACACGUCGGUGUGCUACUAAUGAAAACCGAACCUGUGCUUGUCAAGGGCUCGACCCGGAGACGUGCGGCGCUUCCUACAGUUUCGGCUGCUCCUGGUCCAUGUAUUACAAUGGAUGUAAAUACGCCCGUUCAAAAACUGUCCGUAAGUUUCGACUUUCGGUCAAAACAGAGGAGAGUGAAAUCGAAGAACGCAUGCACGUCCUGGCGACCCUACUCAGCCCGCUGUAUAUGAACCUUGCGCCAAAGUCAUUUGAGAAUCAGUGUCAAUUCGAGAAAGAAGCGUCGGAUUGCCGUUUGGGCUUUAAGCCUGGAAGACCGUUUUCAGGGGUAACGGCGUGUAUAGACUUUUGCGCUCACGCACACAGAGAUCUUCAUAACAUGAACAACGGCUGCACAGCGGUAGUGACACUCGCCAAACACAGAGCACUCACGAAACCUAAUGAUGAACAGUUACAUGUACUUCCCUUGUAUGUUUUGGAUACCACAGAUGAAUUUGGGUCUAAAGAAGGCCAGGAAGAAAAAAUAGCCAGCGGUGCUUUGGAAAUUUUGGACAAAUACCCUAUGGAGGUCCGCGUUAGAUCCGUCCCACUGCAGCCAUGUCGACGGCAUGGAAAGAAGAGAAAAGACGAAGAAAAUUCUGAAUCAAACAACUCAUCAACAAACACUCCACAACAAAGUCCAAAUAAUCAGAAGAAAUCACAAUGUCCCACGCCGACGCCGAAGACUCCUCAACCUAAUGAGAUUAGAAACAACGCGAGUCCACGCAGUCAGAGCAGCGCGUCACCACGAGCCACCACACCCGCUAUGAACCUGCAAGUUAACACGAACUUCACGAACACUCCACACUAUAACUCCGCAUUCGUCAAUCCAAAUGUACACAAUUCCAGUCUCAUGAAUCCAAACUUAGCAAACCCUGCAUUACUGGACAUGGCCACGAUGAUCGAUAAUUUCACUGACGCUCAGUUACAGAGCAAUCAGAUCUCAAGCACUGUAUUGGAUUCUCCGUACAACCCUUACGACCAAAGCUAUAGUUUACACAAUCAAAACGCUAUGUACAAUCCGCACAACGUUGCUCCUGUACUGGAUAAUAAUUGCCAAAAUCAAAAUCCUAAUCAGUUGCCAAGUUUCACUCCAAAUUUACAAAAGAGAGACCAAUGUAAUCCGCAGAAUAUAAAUCAAGUGAAUGCGGCCCCACAACAGUGGCCUGACUUCGAUAAUUCAGAAAUGUUCAGUAAUGUUGUGAAAGAAGAUCCAGAUUCUACAACUGCUAAUUUAAACGCUGCUAAUAAUUUUAGUCCUGAUUCAAAUCGGAGUGAAAGCAAUUCAGAUAAUAUAUCCAGAAGUAAUACUGAAUCCGAAAAGCUUAAUGCUCUAGGAGAUAUGACACAGAAGUUACCAGAAUUUGACAUGCCUAGUUCACCGAGGUUAUCUGAAAUAUCACAAAAAACCCAACGCACUCCUGAAUCACCGGUGCCUUCACAAGAACUCAAAUCUCCUAAUCAUGACUCGGUUAAUUCAGACGUUCGACGAACUGUAUGGAGAUCUCCAGACACGAAAAGUUGGGACCCCACGAAACCUAGAGACCAAAUAACGGAAAAUGAGAAUGCAUUGUUUAGAGUGCCUAAAGCGAGGCCCCCAUCGCGAUCACAAUAUGUGAAUCCUUCUGACGGCAUGGAGAACUCGACGUUUCUUAAACCGUACCCUCCAUCGGAACGAUCGUACCACAACCAAGGUUAUGAAAACAGAAGCCUCCAAGAGAAUAGAAUGAACGCGCUACCGCCGACAUCACAACAACAAAUGAACUACACCAUCAACCAUGAAGACUCUCAGAAUAUAACAACGAACAAACCCGCGCCAGAGUUCACAGGAAACAACUUUCAACCGAUCAACCAAACUACAUACAGCAAUCAAGUGCCGGUACAAGGAUAUGGAAACUAUCCCACGAUGACCAACGCUUACUCUUUUACACCAAACCCCUAUGGACAUUUUAACCCGUAUGAAAACUCUUAUAACGACUACAAUAGCAUAGCUUAUUAUAAUGCAGAAAAAUACAAAAGAGAAGAAUUAAUACGAAAUUCCCACUGUUAUAAUUCAUACGGAUAUCAAUACAAUCCAAAUUUUGCAGCAAAUUUCUACCAGAAUCCAAAUCCCAAUUGGUGUCAGUCUUCGCCCAACUGGUGCUUGUACCCGCCACCGUUUUCCAUUCCAUAUCCACCGGAACCACCAAAAGCUGAACCGAUCGGUGAAGUGACUGGAAUAAACGACAAUCUGGAGUGUUUUAAAGACAGUCAAAUGGGAGGAGUCGCUAUCGCUUUAGGUCACGGGAGUGUACUGUUCGAAUGUGCGAAACACGAGAUGCACUCCACCACCGCGGUGAAGAGUCCGAACAGAGUGAACCCAACGAGAAUAUCACUCGUGUUUUACCAACACAGGAAUCUGAAUCGUCCAAAACAUGGCCUUGAAGAGUGGGAAGAAAAAAUGAGGUUAAAAAAGUUAGGCUUAAGCCCGUCCACACCGGGGACUAAUGGAGCCAGCUCGAACACCGCAUCCCCGGCCUCCACCGGCCUGGAGCAGAGGCAGACACCGGCAGAAAAGUGGAAGAACAACGAGAACACGAUCCCUGGAGGGUACAGGUCGCUCUCGGCGCUCGUGGAGGCGACCACCGCGGCCAGGAGGAGUCGCCAGGUCAUGUUACGAACAGACACACAAACAACAAUGUCGUGGACCACUCUGUUCCCCAUGCACCCGUGCACCGUGACCGGCCCCUACCAGGAGUCCGCCACCUGA